CUCUCCGGAGUCCACCGUGCAGAGCCCGGAGUGAGUGGUGCGGGAUCUCGACUCCAGCCGCCGCCUGCACGGGGUCGAGCGCGCCGCCCCGGGAGAGGGGCCGCCACUAAGAGCCCGGGCCUGAGGGGGCGGGGCGUCCGGGGCACCCGGGAUUGGCGUGCCAGCAGCCUUCUCCCGUCGUGCACCGGGGCGCCGGCCGCUCACCCGGAAGGAGAAGCCGAGAGCCUUACUAUAUGGUGGGGCGCUGGCGGUGUCGCUGUGGGGAGUGGGUGCUGCUCGCAGCUUCAUCUCUGCGUGCAGUGUCUGUGUGUGAAGAGACCUUCCGGUAUACUGGAAAAGAUUGGAAAAGCUGUGUGCUCUGUUAAUUUUGUGGUGUAAAUGAGUUCCCCUUCUCUUGAAACAUUAGCCUGUGUUAGCACAACAUAAAGUAGAAGGAAACUCAUUACACACUCUUCUAAUGGAGCCAGUCUGGAUCAUUUGUUGGCAGUACAUAUUGGCUGAAGUCAGUUUUCAUUUCAAGAUGUUUUCUUCCAAUGGGCUUUUGGUGUAGGAUGUUGGAGAACCAAGAGCAGGAGGAGGUGAUCACUGUGCGUGUUCAGGACCCCCGCGUGCAGAAUGAGGGCUCCUGGAAUUCUUAUGUGGAUUAUAAGAUAUUCCUUCAUACCAACAGCAAGGCCUUUACUGCCAAGACGUCCUGUGUGCGUCGCCGCUACAGGGAGUUUGUGUGGCUGAGAAAGCAGCUACAGAGAAACGCUGGUUUAGUGCCUGUACCUGAACUUCCUGGGAAGUCAACCUUCUUUGGCAGCUCAGAUGAGUUCAUCGAGAAGCGACGACAAGGUUUGCAGCACUUUCUUGAAAAGGUCCUGCAGAGUGUGGUCCUCCUGUCAGACAGCCAGUUACACCUCUUCCUGCAAAGCCAGCUCUCAGUGCCUGAGAUAGAAGCCUGUGUCCAGGGCCGAAGUUCCAUGUCCGUUUCCGAUGCCAUCCUCUGCUAUGCUAUGUCAAACUGUGGCUGGGCCCAGGAAGAGAGGCGGGGCUCCUCUCACCUGGCUAAAGGAGACCAGCCUAAGAGUUGCUGCUUUCUCCCAAGAUCGGGCAGGAGGAGCUCUCCCUCACCGCCUCCCGGGGAAGAAAAGGAUGAUUUUGAGGUGUGGGCACCUGUUAUUGACUCUGAGGUCCCUUCCUUGGAGAGCGCCCCUCCCCCAUCCCUCUCCGCUCCGUCAUGCUGUGGUUUUGCAAGACCUGAUGAGGGAGUCUGUGCUCCGCAGCCCGUGAGGAGGGCCGUGGAGGGGGACCAUGCUGUGCCUUUGGACCCUGGUCAGUUGGAAACAGUUUUGGAAAAGUGAGCUCUGCUUGGAGCUCUGGGCCCUGCUCUGAGGCGGACAGAGGAGCUGCGGGCAUGGAGACUUGCUCGGGUGGGCUUGGCUCAGGCCGGUGGUGGGGAGGCUGGGCCGCUGCGUGUCUUACCGUGGCCUCUGCUUGCAUUGGUUGCGUGGAGGUCGGUCACAACUCCUCAAGCUUCUUCCAUGGGAAUAGACACUGUGGGGACGUUUGUAAGUUAAGCACAAGGCCCAGCGGUUGUUGGUUCUGAGCCGAACCCCAUAUUUACUCUCCUGGAAGCUGAAUUUCUUUAGAUGUUUGUAAAUGGGCCCAGGAGCACUGUCUCAGGUGACUGGUUUUGGGGAUCUGUAGGUGGCAGAUUUUAAGCUGCCGUAUCGAAUGUUGUUCAACAGAAACAACUUGUGUUGCUGUAUCCUCACUGGCUCUGUUUUUGCUGCAGCCCCUGGAGCAGUUGGUUUCUGGGAGGCUGGCCUGUUGCCUACCUCCUUGCACGGACGGGGUGGAUGAAUGUUUAUUCUCCCACCUCCCUGCUUUUCCUCCACUAACACCACUGAUGGAACGGUGCUGUGACUCCAGUCACUGGGUUUCCUGCACAUCCCAGGACCUCAGCCCGGGAUGAGGCCAAGACCCAUGAAAUAGCUAAUGGCCAUCCACAAAAGAGAAGGGUUUGGUCACAGCCACAGGAAAGGGAACGGUUCAGGGGCCUUUGUUUAGAAAGGAUGCCCUGAGCUGUCCCUGUCUCUCUGGUUGUAAAGCGGAGACUCGACUGUCUUCUCUGCAGGGUUAGCGUGGGCUGCUUUCUUUUUUGAAUCCUUUUCUUCUCCCUUAGUAACAGCUCCCUGCCCCCAGGGCUUCCGCCACUGCGGUGUGCUUCUGCUGUGUUGCGGGAAGCUGUGUGUUCAAUCCAGUGGGAUGCAGGGGCUUUGUUUCUGCCUGGAGAGAGGGCUCUGGGGAUGGAGAUGAGGAACAACACGCCUUCCUUCAGACAAUGAGGCAUUCUGCCCUCCUGCUGCCGUAAUUCUCUCCUCUGAGAGCCAGAGCUGGUAGGAGAUGAGUGCCACUGGCUUUCCGCCUCGCUCUGCCUGCAGGGCUGUGUGUGUGGUUCUUCUCCUCCUCGCGUGCUCCUCCCUCCUCUGGCCAUCGCACCCUGUCCGUGGGCCCAUUUACUACCAGCUUGUGCUGUGGGACUGUCAUGGCAUUUAGUUCAGAGUUGAGGGGCUUUGGCCUGAAAUAAAAGGCAAGUAUUUAA